AUGUGAGACACACAGGGCUCGCCACGGCCCCGCCCUCUGCCGGUUCUAAACGGCAAAGUCUCUCCGCCUCGCGCCCCGCCGCUACCCGGCCCAAGCCCCGCCCAUCACCUCGCGGGGCCCGCCGAGGCCUGGCUUCUGUCCUGCGCGCGCAGAUUCUCGCAAAUCUGGAAGCGGAUCUCGUGGAGUGACGGUCACACCGCGGCGGAUUAAUUUCCAAAGACUCAUGUUACAUGAGGAAACCACCAAGAAGACCAAAGAAAAGGAGAUAAGGAUGGCUCUUCCUCAGGGACGCUUGACUUUCAGGGAUGUGGCUAUAGAAUUCUCUUUGGAGGAGUGGAAAUGCCUGAACUCUGCGCAGAGGGCUUUAUACAGGGAAGUGAUGUUGGAGAACUACAGGAACCUGGAGGCUGUGGGGCAAGGCAAUACAGAAGGGUUCCAUACAGGGACAUUGGAAAGACAUGAAAGUCAUCACAUUGGAGAUUUUUGCUUCCUAGAAAUCAAGAAAGAUAUUCAUGACUUUGAGUUUCAGUGGCAAGAAAUUAAAAGAAAUGGCCAAGAAGCACCCAUGACAAAAACAAAAAUGUUGACUGGUAGUACAGACCGACAUGAUCAAAGGCAUGCUGGAAACAAGCCUAUUAAAGAUCAGCUUGGAUCAAGCUUACAUUCACAUCUGCCUGAACUGCAUGUAUUUCAGACUGAAGGGAAAAUUGAUAAACAAGUGGAGAAGUCUAUCAACAAUGCUUCCUUGGUUUCAACAUCCCAAAGAAUUUCUUGUAGGCUCAAAACCCAUAUUUCUAAUAGGUAUGAGAAGAACUUUCUCCAUUCUUCAUCAUUCACACAAAUACAGGAAGAACACAUGAGAGAAAAACCUUUCCAAUGUAAUGAGUGUGGCAAAGCCUUUAAUUAUAGCUCACAUUUAAGGAGACAUCACGUAACCCAUUCAGGAGAGAAACAAUAUAAAUGUGAUGUAUGUGGCAAAGUCUUUCAUCAAAAGCAAUACCUUGCAUGGCACCAUAGAGUUCAUACUGGAGAAAAACCUUACACAUGUAAUGAGUGUUCCAAGACCUUCGGUCACAAGUCAUCUCUUACACGCCAUCAUAGACUUCAUACUGGAGAAAAACCUUACAAGUGUAAUGAGUGUGGUAAGACCUUCAGUCAGACGUCAUCCCUUGUAGGGCAUCGUAGACAGUUCAUACUGAAGAGAAACCUUACACAUGUAAUGAAUGUGGCAAGGUUUUCCAGCGUGAUUCAUACCUUGCACAACAUCAGAGAGUUCAUACUGGAGAGAAACCUUACACAUGUAAUGAAUGUGGUAAGGUUUUUAAUCAAAAGGCACACCUUGCAUGUCAUUAUAGACUUCAUACUGGAGAGAAACCUUACAAGUGUAAUGAGUGUGGCAAGACCUUCAGUCAUAUGUCAUCCUUUGUAUGCCAUCAUAGACUUCAUACUGCAGAAAAACCUUAUAAGUGCAAUGAGUGUGGCAAAGCCUUUAGUGGACAGUCAUCACUUAUUCAUCAUCAAGCAAUCCAUGAUAUAGGGAAACUUUACAAAUGUAAUGAUUCUCACAAAGUCCUCAGUAAUGCUACAAGCAUUGCAAAUCAUUAGACAAUCCAUAAUGAAGAGAGAUCUUACAAGUGUAGUAAAUGUGACAGAUAUUUCAGAUAUUGUUCGUAGCUUGCAGUUCAUCAGCGAACUCAUACUGGAGAAAAACAUUACAAAUGUCAUGAUUGCAGCAAAGUCUUCAGUCAAGCUUCAUCUUAUGCAAAACACAGGAGAAUUCAUACAGGAGAGAAACCUCACAACUGUGAUAAUUGUGGCAAAGUUUUUUUUUUUUUUUGAGAUGAAGUCUUACUCUUUUGUCCAGGCUGGGGUGCAGUGGCAUGAUCUCGGCUCACUGCAGCCUCCACCUCCCAGGUUCAUACGAUUCUCCUUCCUGGCCUCCUGAGUAGCUGGGACUACCAGCAUGCUCCACCCAGCCUGGCUAAUUUUUAUGUUUUUAGUAGAGACAGGGUUUCACCAUGUUGGCCUGGUUGCUGUCAACUCUCGACCUUGUGAUCCGCUUGCCUCGGCCUCCCAAAGUGCUGGUAUCACAGGCAUGAGCCACCGUGCCCAGUGUGGCAAUGUCUUUACAUUCACACCACAUUAGACAUCAGAGAAUCUAUACUGGACAGACAUCUUACAAAUGGAAUAGGUGUGGCAAGGUCUUUAGUCUGAGGUCACUCCUUGCAGAACAGCUGAAAAUUCAUUUUUGAGAUAAUUAUCCCAAAUACAAUGACUAUACAAAAUAAUAAACUUUAAUUGACAUUAGAGUCAAUUCAGCAUUGACUAGAGUUUGAGUUGACUCAACAUUGAGUUGAAGCAUUAAUUGACAUAAAAAGCGUUUAUGUUAAGAAGAAGGGGUCGGGUGCAGUCGCUCACACCUGUAAUCCCAGCACUUUGGGAGACCAAGGCAGGCAGAUCACUUGAGGUCAGCAGUUUGAGACCACCCUGGCCAACAGGCUGGAACCAGUUUGCCCAGCCUGUUUUUUCUUUCCUUCUCUCUUUUCUUUUCUUUCUUUCUUUUUUUUUUUUUUUGAAACAGAGUCUUUCUCUUGUCGCCCAAGCUGGAGUGCAAUGGCACAAUCUUGCUUCACUGCAACCUCCGCCUCCUGCAUUCAAGCAAUUCUCUUUUCUAAGCCUCCCAAGUAGCCGGGAUUUCAGAUGUGUGCCACCACACCACGUAGUCCCUCUCCACAGAGAUGGUUGAGAAGGCUGACGGAAAAGCCAGAUACUUGUUCUACAGCUUUCCCUGACACUAGUAUAUCAUCCACAUGCGGGAGCAUACAUACACACUUUGGGAAGCUCAUCUUUUCUAACACCUCCUCAAGAAUUUGGCCAAGCAAGUUAGGAGAAUCUGUAAAUCCUUGCGGCAAGACUGUCCAGUGGUAUUGUUGUUUUCACCCUGAGUGAGGAUCUUCCCGUUCAAAAGCGAAUAUAUCCUAUCUUCAGCUAAAGGACAUGCCCAGAAGGCAUCUUUCAGGUCUAUUUCUGUAAACCACUGAUGGUCAUAUGGAAUUUUGCUGAAAGUAGUAUAUGGAUUGGGAACUACAGGAUGAGUGGUUUGAACAAUUUGAGUAAUGGCUUGAAGAUCUACAAGCCAGUAUCACCGAUCUGACUACUUUACAAUAAUAUUGGAGUAUUAUAGGGAGACAUGCACAGUUCAAGUAGCCCAUCUCAGAUAAGGCUCUCAAUUAGAGGUUUUAAACCUAAUCUACCUUCUAAGGGAAUUGGAUAUUGGUUUCUUCUCACUGUUUCCCUGGGAGUUUUUAACUUUAUGUUAAUUGGAGGAACUUGUAGCUUCCUUCACUUUCCCUCCCUUGACCACUCGUUAGCAUUGAUAUAGCUUUCCUCUGUUGUAGUAAGCAGGUUUAAUGAAGUGAAGAAUCCUUCUGGGCUUACAUGCAAGCCUAUACCUAACUUUAACAUUAGGCCCCUUCCUAACAAGUUUGUCCCAGCCUUAGGGAGUAGCAAAAAUUUAACGUUGGUUGAUCGGGUUUCAAAUCUAACUUCUGUUUUUUCUAAGACUUUGGCUUUAAAUCCUUCCCCUUUGACUCCUAAAACUUGAAGUUCUUCUAAUGAACAAUUUAUAUUAGAGGGCACAAAACAAACAGAGGAGCGAGAAGCUCCUGAGUCUAUUAGAAAAGUAACAAGUUUGGCCACGUGUGGUGGCUCACGCCUGUAAUCCCAGCACUUUGGGAGGCCAAGGUGGGUGGAUCACCUGAGGUCAGGAGUUCGAGACCAGCCUGACACACAUGAAGAAACCCCAUCUCUACU